AAUUCAAAUACGACGUAUAUACACUUCGAAAUUAGGGUUUCUGGUUCACCUUCUCUUUACUCAUUACCGCCGCUGCAAAAUCUUCUCUUCUCCGUUCCAGAUCUGAAGCUUACUCUCCUUCGUUCUCAUUCAAAGAAGAUAUGACUCAAAUCAACCUUCCUUUCCAAGUUGGUCAAACAGUUGAAGUAAAGUCCUUCGAAGAAGGAUAUCGUGGAGCUUGGUUUAAGUGCAAGAUAGAGAGGAUAUACACGAAGGAAGGGAAAUUGUACUAUAGCUUGGAGUAUCUUGAUUAUCCAGAUGAAGAGAGACAUGAAACACAAGUCUUUCAACAGUUUCAAGAUGGGGAGGAAGAGUGCAUAAUGGUUCGACCCUCAUAUCCACCGCAUUAUCACAAAAACGAAGAACUUCAAAUCAAGGGAGACCAAGAACCGCUUCUUGUCGUUCAUGAUUCUUGGAAAGUAGGAGACUUGGUUGAUUGGUGGGAAGAGGGUUGUUACUGGUCUGGAAAGGUUUUGAAAGUCAUGAAGGAAAAGAAAGCAUUAAAGAUCAAGCUGCCUCCUCCACCACGUGGUGAAGGAAAGAAUUACGAUGCUUUGUGGAAGGACUUGCGUCCAUCUUUGGAAUGGUCACUUGAAGAUGGUUGGAAAUUGCCUUCUAUGGAUGGGCAAAAAGAACAAUGUGCUGAGCUCGUGAGACGUGAGAAGGAAGAUCAAGUGAGUGCAGAUGUUUGCGAGGCUGUGAUUGAGCAAACAGAGAGUGUCAAGAAGCAGAAAACAGAGAGAGCCACGCAGCAAUUGGUAUGCAAUGGUGGAGAUAUUCGCCUGAAUAUCAUGGAGUCAGAUUCGAUUGAAGCUCCAAUCUAUGACUUGGAAGAGCUUAUUGUUCGAAUCGAGUGGAUAAAAAGCAUGUUAGUUCCUGAUGCUGAAGGUUCAAAAUCAUGUUGGAAGUAUGAAGAUCACCGCCCGUCUUACACUUGAAUGUGAAUAUAGAGCGGGAUUUCCACAGAAGAAGAAAUUUUGUUGAAGAAUCGAUUAGUAAGAUGGGAAAGAAACACACGUGAGUAACUUGGGAAGAGAUGCUUUAGAGUUUUGCAAAGAUGACAAGAACUGAUGUAGGUUGUAAAUAUUUUUCAUUUUCUUAAAUUUGAUGCUUUGUGUAUUUGUUGGAAAUUUUGACAUUUAUAAGUGCUUAGACCGAAAUGCUAUAGUAGUUAAG